AUGGAUCCACUAAACAUCUCCUGGUACAACAGUGACAUUGGCAACAGGAACUGGAGCAAGCCACUCAACGAGUCCGAUGCAGACCAGAAGCCUCAGUACAACUACUAUGCCAUGCUGCUCACCCUCCUCAUCUUCGUUAUUGUUUUUGGCAAUGUGCUGGUGUGUAUGGCUGUGUCCAGGGAAAAAGCUCUUCAGACAACAACUAAUUACUUGAUCGUCAGUCUGGCAGUGGCAGAUCUCUUGGUAGCAAUUCUGGUCAUGCCUUGGGUGGUCUAUCUGGAGGUGGUUGGUAAAUGGAGGUUCAGUCGGAUUCACUGUGAUAUCUUUGUAACACUUGAUGUUAUGAUGUGUACCGCCAGUAUCCUCAAUCUCUGUGCCAUCAGCAUUGACAGAUACACAGCAGUAGCAAUGCCAAUGCUGUACAACACCCGCUACAGCUCGAAGCGCAGGGUUACCGUGAUGAUUGCUGUGGUCUGGGUGCUUUCAUUUGCCAUCUCCUGCCCACUCCUAUUUGGCCUCAAUAACACAGAUGAGAAUGAGUGUAUCAUCGCCAAUCCUGCCUUCGUUGUGUAUUCCUCUAUCGUCUCCUUCUAUGUUCCCUUCAUCGUCACCCUGCUCGUGUACGUACAGAUUUACAUCGUGCUCCGGAAGCGCAGGAAGCGUGUUAACACCAAGCGCAGCUCCCAUACCCUGGAUUCUGACACACAGGCCCCACUGAAGGACAAAUGCACUCAUCCAGAAGAUGUGAAGCUCUGCACAGUUAUUGUGAAGUCCAAUGGGAGUUUCCAAGUUAAUAAGCGCAAAGUGGAAGCAGAGAGUCACAUAGAGGAGAUGGAAAUGGAGAUGGUUUCCAGUACUAGUCCUCCUGAGAAGACCACUUUCAAACCAGCUGAAUCAAGGAACCAUCAGCUGCUUGUGCCAGUCGCUUCCAAUCAGUGCACCAAUUCAACCCUGCAGGCAACCUUGGACAGCCCUGUGAAAGUAGAGAAGAAUGGACAUGCCAAAGAAACCCUCCAAACAGCCAAAGUCUUUGAGAUCCAGUCUAUGCCCAAUGGAAAGACAAGAACCUCUCUCAAGACUGUGAGCAGGAGGAAACUCUCACAACAAAAGGAGAAGAAAGCCACUCAGAUGCUAGCCAUUGUCCUUGGUGUUUUCAUCAUCUGCUGGCUCCCAUUCUUCAUCACUCACAUCCUGAACAUGCACUGCGAUUGCAACAUACCCCCAGCAAUGUACAGCGCCUUUACAUGGCUUGGAUACGUCAACAGUGCUGUUAACCCAAUUAUUUACACCACCUUCAACAUUGAAUUUCGUAAGGCUUUUAUGAAGAUCCUCCACUGUUAA